UCGUCGAUCACUUCUGCCCGAUUAUUCAGCUCGUCAAGUCGAUCGGUUUCUACGACUUCCCGUCUCACUUUCGCUCGUCCGCUGAACCUGAACUUUGAACGACGCAUUCACUCCUCUACGACAGUCAAUAUGCCGCCCCUGCCAAAGAAGGAAGCUGAAAACAGAGAAUAUGAUUACUUUGUCAUUGGAGGAGGAUCCGGAGGAUUCGGAACCGCUCGUCGAGCUGCUUCAUACGGUGCCAAAGUUGGUUUAGCGGAACAAUCUCCUCAUCUGGGUGGAACCUGCGUCAAUGUCGGUUGUGUGCCCAAGAAGAUCAUGUGGCAGGCUGCUGAACACGCUACUGGGAUUCACAAGGCUGUCCGAUUUGGUUUGGGUAACGCAAAGCUCGCCGAUGAAUUCACCAAGGACAUUGAUUGGAACACCAUGGUUCAGCGACGUGAGGCGUUCAUUCGAAACCUCAACAAGAUUUAUGAGAAAAAUCUGGCCAACGAGCAUGUGGAUGAGCACUCUGGUCAUGCCAAAAUCUUGGACAAGCAUACCAUUGAAAUCACCCAAAGGGAUGGAGAAAAGUACACCAUCAAGACGAAGAAGAUCUGUAUCGCUACGGGUGGAUACCCGACUGUACCUGGAGAGGACAAGAUCCCAGGCGCCAAAUAUGGAAUCGACUCGGAUGGAUUCUUUGCAUUGGAACAGAGACCCAAGCGAGUCGUCGUUGUGGGAGCGGGAUACAUUGCGGUCGAACUCACUGGGAUCUUCAACGCUUUGGGAAGUGAGGCUCACUUGGUCAUCCGACACGACCAAUUCUUGAGGACUUUCGACCCAAUGUGCUCGGAAGUUCUCAUGCCUCACAUGGAACACGAAGGCGUGCACAUUCACAAAUCAUCCAACGUCACAAAGGUCGAAAAGACUUCGUCUGGUGCUCUCAGCAUCCACAUUGACAGUCUGUCGGAACCUGUAGAAGCGGACUGUCUGCUGUGGUGUAUCGGUCGACAUGGAAACACCGACAACCUCGGAUUGGAAAACGUUGGCGUCAAGACAAACGAAAAGGGAGAUAUCGUCGUGGACGAAUACCAAAACACCAACGUCGAUGGCAUCUACGCCGUCGGAGAUAUCGGCGGAAAGGCUCUGCUGACCCCGGUCGCUAUCGCAGCUGGGAGACGAUUGUCGAAUAGGUUGUUCGGAGGAGACAAAUAUAAAGACGACAAGCUGUCAUAUGAAAACAUUCCCAGUGUCGUGUUCAGUCACCCACCUAUCGGUGCUAUCGGAUUGACCGAGCCAGAAGCAAAGGAGAAAUACGGGGACAAGCUCAAGAUCUACAAGAGCACAUUCCGAGGCCUCUCACAAUCACUCCUGGAGCAAGACCAGAAAGUCUCGUCGACUUAUAAGCUCAUCUGUGCCGGCGAAGAUGAAAAAGUCGUUGGACUUCAUAUUAUCGGAGAUGGCAGUGACGAGGUACUUCAGGGAUUCGGCGUGGCGAUCAAAAUGGGCGCUACGAAGGAAGACUUCGAUUCCUGCGUGGCUAUCCAUCCUACAUCUGCCGAGGAGCUGGUCACCUUGCGAUAGUUCCCGGGAAGGAAGGUCAAAGAAGUGUAGCAGAAAGCGGUCGCGGUCGUGCGAAAAGGAGUAUUGCACAUUUGGAUCACAAAAGGUACUGUAAUUCCAUGUACUGUAUCGGAUGGACCCUUGGCCGCCUGGAUGCAAGACAUAUGAAUAAUAUGCUGCAC